AUGGAUUGCAAAUACGAGGGUGCCAGGUGUGAGCAAGGAGGGGUGUGCUUGGUGUUCCAGGAGUCGCUGACAUUCCAGGAUGUGGCCGUGGACUUCACCAGAGAGGAGUGGGCACAGCUGACCCCAGCUCAGAAGACCCUCUACCGAGACGUGAUGCUGGAGAACUACCGGAAUCUGGUGGCCCUGGGGCACCAGCUUUCUAAGCCAGAAGUGAUCACACAGUUGGAGCAGGAGGCGCAGUGGACAGCAGAAAGCAGCAGGCAGCUGGACACUGUUACAGGGGAAAAGCCUUUCAUGUGUAAGGAAUGUGGGAAAGCCUUCAGGCAGCCUUCAUCCUUUAAGCUGCACCUGAGAAGCCACACAGGAGAGAAGCCCUACAAGUGUAAUGAGUGUGGUAAAGCUUUUAGUCAAAGCUCAACCCUCACUGAGCAUCACAGACUUCACACUGGGGAGAGACCCUAUCAGUGUAGUUUUUGUGGGAAAGCCUUCAGCCGAAGAUCACAUCUUAACCAAAAUGAGAGGACACAUACAGGAGAGAAGCCCUAUGAGCGUAAUGACUGUGGAAAAGCCUUCAGCUUGAAUGCAUACCUUAACCAUCAUAGGAAAAUCCACAGCUGUGAGUAA